AUGGCUCCUUUUAAGCCUGCGUGGACUUAUUUGGUCUCUAAAGACCUCGUGUCUGCAAACGAUGCCAUUGUUUACUCUCAGCCUCUUUCUCAAAACAGCCAACUAAAUUCCAUAAAGCAAGAGUCGACUUUACAGCCUGUCACAAGUCUCAAACCUUUGAGUGACAAUACCUUACUCCACACUCAACUAAUUAACAACAAUACCACCCUCCAACUUCGCCUACUUGGCACAACACAACCUGAACGCGUCGUUAACAUCGAGUACCAUGUACGACUCUUGCAUCUUAUUAUCAUUACCACCACACCAAACACUGUAUGUUGGCUCUUGACACUCGAUGGCCGUCUGAUCCGUCAAGAGUUACCUCCAAAUGAAAUUUGGGCUGGAACAAUGACAGCGAAAUCAACAAUAUGUCCCUUGCAGGCGAAGACGGAACACGCGUCUAUUUACAAUACAAACCUGCAGUAUUGCCAUCCGCACAACAUAUUCAAACGAUUUACAAAGGCAGACAAAUCUUGGUGUGAAUACAAAUCAGAAUCAAAACACACAUUUUGGCCACUGUUGGCGUUCCAAUCGUUCGGAUCUUGGAUUGGAUGGCAAGCAGCAGAAGGAACAGAUAAAGCUAGCCAAAAACAUGCUAUGAUCUUAGCAAGCCACCGUAAAAAUGCUCAAGAAGAGGUAUCUAUUGCUUUACGCAAAGAUAGACGCCUUGAAGUAUGUGUUUCCGGACCUUCUGCGCUCCAGAAAAUAGCUCAACCAUUGCCAUGGCUUCAAGAAGAUGGAAAACUUGAGUAUCCCGAAGAACCUGAUGUUCUGGAAUCUUUUCCUGGUGGAUUACCCAACGAAAGGCGCGCAGAUUCUCUUAACUCUCUUGCUUCUUUUGCAGAACAUCCGAAAAUGGUUCUAGUGCCUACAGGAGGUGGAUUGACAUUGGUAGUUUACAGUGAUAUUGGAGUACCUUGUUUUCUGGUCUACACUCUUCCAAAAGACAGUAUAUUGAUGGAGUUAACCCAGACUGUACCACAUCCUUCAAAAGAUACACUUUUGGACAUGGACGUUCGUAUUCAUGAAACAACACUUGAUUUUGAAUUGGUGGGAUUGUGGAAACAUGCCAAAGAUGACCGCUCAGCAGUGCGCACAGUGAGGUGGUCAGCAGCAGACAAAGGAUUAUUUCACCCACGAUGGAGAACAGUCAUGCCAACAUGUUCCACCAACACAUUUGAUGCUGUUAGAUAUUUGAAGGAUGGUACAGUAGUACUGGCAAGUGCUACGUCAGUUGGGUCCGUGUUCCCACUAUCUUAUCUCGAGGCAUCAUUCCUCUACCACACCAAGCAAAAAGAAGACUCCUUGAUGGCUGAAUGUUUUAGUCCUCUUGAGGAUGUAGUUGCUGACCAUGAGAUCGAUACUCCCUCAAGACAGGAAUUGGCUUCUUUAUUCCAGCAACCACCUACCGAUCCUGAGAAGCUGCAGGAGAUGUUGCGUACUACCUACACUAGUCCAAUUUCUGAUCUUAGCUCAUUGGGACUAAAGACACCUACUUCACCUGCCACGGUGGUCGCACUUCGCUCACUAGUACAUGUUCUUGUAUCUCCUAAUACUAAUCUCGCCAGUAAGAGCCCAUGGUUCAAUUUGUGGAGACCAGAUACGGCCAAAUUCAUUAUCCAAGUUCGACAUAGAUUGCUACUGUCUGUAGUGUCAAUAGUUACUACACCCCAAACUCUUGCUAUUCAACAGGCCUAUGAUUGUUUGGAAUGGGUCACCCGACAGGCUGUGUAUCCUGCUCUGGUGGACAGUGUAGAUUAUGGUGUGGACGUAGUACAUGCUUUAUUACCAAUCUAUCCUCGCCUUCCUGUGAGUUUGUGCCUGAAAAUCGAGUCACUCGGAGAUGCACCUACGGCUACUCAGCUCGCAAAUGAAUUCUUGGAUCCCUCUGUGGCCAAAGAAUGUUUAGAUCUGACCACAGCUGAGCGGGAAUUCCUUGCUCUUCGUCAUGUUCAAAAAUGCAUCCCCAGUCGUUUAGAAGAAGCUAUGGAGACACUGGUAGCAAUGCCCUUGACUCCCCAACGCCAGGUGUGGAUAUCGCGUUGGUUGGAAGCGGCUUACGCGGCUGAAGAAUAUGACCUUAUCUGUAGCUCUAACAUUGAGCCCGUAAAUAAAACGGGUGGCUCGGGCCGUCUGACUUGGGAGGAACUUAGCUUUGCAUAUUAUGCUCUGCGUCAACAAGACUCAAAAGCCAAUCAAUCAAUGAAAGAGUAUUUGAACAAAGCGCGGCCUAUGGAUGAUCACCUAAAGACCUUUUUCACCACCCCUAUGUAG